ACUCCCAAAAAAACCUUUCCCUCCUUUCUUUUGUUACCUCCUUCCGAGCUCCCUCGAUUCCCUUUUUUUAAUUUAGUUUUUCUUUCAAAUUCCAAAAACCUAAAAUUCCCACCAAAACAAAAUCCCCAAAUUUCCUUUUCAAAUCGCUUUUUUCCGCUGUUGCUUUCUUCUUCUUCUUCUUCUUCUUUUUUUAAUUUUUAAAUCUUCUGUUUGUUCUGUUCCGGUUCUUUUUUUUUUUUUUCAUCUUUAAGGUUUUUAUUUGGAGGUCGAUGAAGGUUCGAGGAGCUAGGGUUUGGAUUAAUCGGCGUGAAAAUACAGUAAUUUCUUUUGAUUCGAGACAAUGAGUGCCGUCAACAUUACAAACGUCGCCGUUUUGGAUAAUCCGGCAUCAUUCUUGACUCCAUUUCAGUUCGAGAUCUCCUACGAAUGUUUGACUCCUCUUAAAGACGAUUUAGAAUGGAAACUUAUCUAUGUAGGAUCUGCUGAAGAUGAGACUUAUGAUCAACUACUGGAGAGUGUACUUGUUGGGCCUGUUAAUGUUGGAAAUUACCGUUUUGUAUUACAGGCAGACCCACCAGACCCAUCAAAGAUCCGUGAAGAAGACAUUAUAGGUGUGACAGUGCUUCUCUUGACUUGUUCAUAUCUGGGUCAAGAAUUUGUCCGAGUGGGCUACUAUGUUAACAAUGAUUAUGAUGAUGAGCAACUCAGAGAGGAACCUCCCCCAAAGGUGUUGAUUGAGAAAGUCCAAAGAAAUAUUCUAUCCGAUAAACCUAGAGUGACGAAGUUCCCCAUAAAUUUUCACCCUGAGAAUGGUGGAAAUGAAGAACCCCCUCCAGCUGAUCACCCUGGUGAAAAUGACGGAAAUGAGGAACUUCCUGCUUCACCAAAUCAAAAAGAGGAGCAGCAGGGACCUUAAAUUUUUGACUUGCAGACAUUGCUGGUAUUCAAGAUAGACAACCUGGUAGGGAUUAGACUCCGACUGUGAACCACAAUUUGACAAUGAUACGAAGAUGCUUAUUCAAGUAAUGGUUCAGAAAUGCUAGAUGUCAUUUGGCUGUUUUUGUUUGUUAACUACUGUUUCACUGAGAUGAUUGCCUUUGAACACUUAAAAUUGGAUUUCCAAGUUUGUAAUAUACUUCUGGAGAAGUUUUAGUUUCAUUUGCUUCACCAUCUUAA